AUUAUUCCAAUAAAUUUUGAAAUAAGAUUUAUAGACUCAUUUAAAUUUAUGCAAACAUCACUAGCCAAUCUUGUUUCAAAUUUAAACCAAGAUGAUUUUCAUAAUACAAAAAGAACUUUUAAGAAUAAUACAAAAUUACUAACUCGUAAAGGAGUUUUUCCUUAUGAUUAUGUGUCAUCAAUUGAUAAAUUAUCAGAAACUCAACUUCCUCCAAAACAGGGAUUUUAUUCUAAAUUAAAUGAUGAAAAUAUAACUGAUGAAGAUUACCAACAUGCUAUUAAAGUCUGGAAUACAUUUGGGUGUAAAACAAUAAGAGAUUAUCAUGAUCUUUAUUUAAAAUCUGAUGUUAUGUUGCUAGCAGAUGUGUUUGAAAACUUUAGAAAAACUUGUCUCAAACAUUACAAAUUAGACCCAGCUCAUUACUAUACGUCUCCAGGUCUAGCUUGGGAUGCUUGUUUAAAAACAACAAGUCAGCGUUUAGAAUUAUUAAGUGAUUACGAUAUGUUAAUGAUGAUUGAGCGUGGAAUUCGCGGAGGAAUAACACACAUAUCAAAAAGGUAUGCAGAAGCGAAUAACAAAUAUAUGAAAAAUUACGAACCUGAAAAGAAAUCAUCUUUUAUACAAUAUUUGGACGCAAACAAUCUUUACGGUUGGGCUAUGACUCAAAAUUUACCAACACAUGGUUUUAAGUGGAUGAAAAAUAUUACAGUAGAGAAGGUUAUUGAAAUUUUAGAGAGUACUAACAAUAGUAUGGUGAAUACUGGUAAGAAGGGGUAUAUUUUUGAAGUUGAUUUGGAGUAUCCACCAAAAUUAUGGGAUCUUCAUAAUGACUAUCCUCUAGCACCUGAAUCAAUAAAGGUUGAUAAAGUUGAAAAACUGGUAUGUCAUUUUAAACCAAGAAAAAAUUAUGUUAUUCAUUACAGAGCUCUUAGGCAAUGUCUUGAGUUGGGUUUGAAAAUUACUGCUGUUCACAGAGGAAUAUCAUUUUACCAGUCUCCUUGGAUGGAACCAUAUAUAAGAAAAAAUACAGAACUUCGAAAAUGUGCUACAAACAAUUUUGAGAAGGACUUUUUUAAACUAAUGAACAAUUCAGUUUUUGGUAAAACAAUAGAAAAUAUUAGGAAGAGACAAAAUAUAGUACUUGUUGAUGAUCGUAAAAAAGCACUAAAAUUAUCAAGUCGUCCAAACUUUGAUAGAUGUACAAUAUUUGAUCCAAAUCUUAUUGCUAUUCAUAUGAAAAAGACAGAAGUUUAUUUUAAUAAACCAGUAUAUGUUGGUCAAGCAAUUUUAGACUUAUCAAAAACUUUAAUGUUUGAUUUUCAUUAUAAUUAUAUCAAAAAUAAAUAUGGGCAGAAAGCUGAAUUGUUGUUUACAGAUACUGACAGUCUAAUGUACCAUAUUAAAACAAAAGAUUUUUAUAAAGAUAUAUGUCUUGAUGUAAAAAAUAAAUUUGAUACUAGUGAUUAUCCAACAGAUCAUCCUUCUGGUAUACUGACAGGAGUUAACAAAAAAGUAAUUGGCAAGUUUAAAGAUGAAACAUCAGGAAAACAGAUAACUCAUUUUGUUGGAUUACGUCCUAAACUAUACAGCUAUAAACUUGAGGAUGAAAAAGAAUUAAAAAAGUGUAAAGGAGUAGUAAAAAAUGUGGUGAAAAAGUUAUUAACAUUUGAUGAUUAUGUUAGAUGUUUAUUUUCUGGUGAAAAAGAAAUGAGAAAUAUGAGAAUAAUAAAAAGUGAGAAACAUGAUAUAUAUUCUAAAGAGGUUAAUAAAGUGGCGUUAAGUUGUCAAGAUGAUAAAAGAAAAGUAUUAAACGAUAAAAUACAUACUUUAGCUAUUAGAGAAAAAUAUUAG